UAGACGCUACUUAAGUCAGUGUCAGUACAACGUCAGUACGGCAAACUACAUAGAUUCUUUGUUGUGUUGUGACAUUUUUGUUUUUAAUUUUAAUUUUGCUUUCUAAGCGUUCGUUCCAAUUGUAUAGUGUCACUAGUUCUGUGCACUAGUGUCAGAGACAAGACUUGUCUCUGCUAGUGUGUUUAUAUGCCCAGUUUGACUGUGAUUAUUUACAUGUUAUACACUAAGCUUUACCAGUGGGUUCAGCAGAAAUGUUUGGCACAACAGUAUAGUUACUUGAUGUGGAAAUUACUGUAAACCAGUCGGCCGCACUUGAAUGAAGUGAGAUCAUCAGUUCAGUUCAAUCAACAAUGUUCUUGUCGCUGAUCCUGAUUGCUGCCAGUUUUUGUGGAACAUUUGCGCAUCUGGAGGGACCAAACGUGUGCAUCAGGCAGGAAACGUACACGGUAAAAGCUCGCAUAUCCGAAGAACAACCGUACCAGGUGAGAGAGUUCGUGUGGUGCCUAAAUGUGCCCCCUCGAUGUUCCAAGUACAAGAUCAAGCACAAGACAGUGCACAAGGACCAGAAUUUGGUGCGAACCAGGCCGGUCGAAGAAUGCUGCAAAGGGUAUGCUAAAAAUGCUGCUGAAAAUCAAUGUAUUCCCGUAUGCUCCAACGUGUGCUUGCACGGGACAUGUGUCGCCCCGGAAACGUGCCAGUGCGAAACAGGAUAUGGAGGACCGAAUUGCGACAUUACUUGUGACAAAGGCUUAUGGGGUCGAGAGUGUCAGAACGAAUGCGAAUGCCAAAAUAAUGCCACUUGCGACCCUUUCAACGGCCACUGCUCCUGUAACCGCGGCUGGAUUGGUGAAUUUUGCCAAAAACGAUGCCCCAGCGGUACCUAUGGACAGGACUGCCUGGAAGAAUGCCGGUGUGAGAACGGAGAAUGCGAUCACAUAUCGGGCAAAUGCAAAUGCCACUCAGGCUACACGGGACCCUUAUGCGAUGAUCCUUGCCCAAUCGGCACUCAUGGCUAUGACUGCAAGUCUAAAUGUCCAUGCCAGAACGGCGGGACUUGCCACUCGGUGACCGGCGUCUGUUUCUGCAAGGAUGGCUGGACGGGACAAGUGUGCGCAAAUCGUUGUCCUUUCGGCUUCUGGGGCUACAACUGCAGUCAAAAGUGCGACUGUUACAACGGAGCGUCUUGUCAUCACAUUAACGGCACGUGCGAAUGCCAGCCCGGAUUCACUGGCGACAGGUGUUUGGACGUCUGUCCUGAUGGUAAAUGGGGCAAGGAUUGCACUAAUAACUGUACGUGCCAGAAUGACGCCAAAUGUUCGAACAAAGAUGGAUCGUGUAGUUGCGCGAAGGGCUGGACUGGGAAAACUUGCAACGAGAGAUCAUGUCCCAAGGGACUUUGGGGCUUCAAGUGUCAGAACUCUUGUCAAUGCAACUCCGACAACACUGAACUGUGCCACGCUUGGACUGGAGAGUGCGACUGCAAACCGGGCUGGAACAGUAAGGACUGCACUCGGCCAUGUCCCAUUUUGAGCUUCGGGAAAGCUUGUGCUGGGACAUGUAAGUGUGACAAUAACGCCCAAUGCUCCCCCAUUAACGGCACGUGCUUGUGCGGGCCAGGAUUUACCGGCAAGCAAUGCGAACAACCCUGCCCGUUGGACAGUUUUGGGAUGGAUUGCGCUCAAAAAUGCGAUUGUAAGAACGGGGCUACGUGUUCGACAGAAACCGGUCAGUGCCACUGUCCGGCAGGCUGGGAGGGCCAACAGUGCGACCGGCCAUGCAGUAAUAAUCAAUUUGGAAUGCAAUGCAAAAACAAGUGCGACUGCCGGAAUGGAGCUUCUUGUAAUCCCGUAAACGGAACUUGCACAUGCGGAGCCGGUUUUACUGGACCCAUCUGUGAAAAUCGCUGCCACACAGGGUAUUUUGGUGUAAAUUGUGAGCAGGUGUGCCACUGCCAAGAUGGCAACAAUCUGGGCUGCGACCCAGUGACUGGUAAAUGCAAUUGCAAACCGGAGUGGAAAGGUGUGAGAUGUGAAACACAAUGUCCAGGGGGCAAAUGGGGGAUCGAUUGUGGCCAGGACUGCCAGUGCAAGAACAACAGUUCCUGCGACCCUGAAACUGGGCACUGUUACUGCGCCAGAGGUUGGCAAGGGGAAGACUGCAUGAACCCCUGUGACAAAGGAUGGUACGGUAUUGGUUGCAGGGAGAAGUGCCCAGAAAUGUCCAUUGGAAAUCGAACUUGCGACCACAUCACCGGAGAGUACGUUUGCCCGCCCGGUUAUUUAGGUUUGACCUGUGACCAUCCGUGUCCCAUCAACACAUACGGAAAGGGCUGCCUGCAGAAUUGCUCUUGCAAAAAUGGUGGAGACUGCCAUCACGUUACUGGCGAAUGUCAAUGCCUGCCCGGAUGGAUUGGUCCCACCUGUGCUUCACCUUGUCAACCGGGUAGUUUUGGGAUGAACUGCACCCAGCAUUGCAAAUGCCAGAACGGGGGCGAGUGCAGGAGGAAUGACGGAGUGUGUCGUUGCAAAUCAGGAUGGACUGGGACUCAGUGCACUGAAAUUUGCCCUGAAGGCUACUAUGGAGACCAUUGUAUGCAGCCUUGCGAAUGCAAAAACGACAACUUUAUGUGUCAUCCCGCUGAGGGCUGCAUGUGCAAACACGGCUAUUCUGGCGAAAAUUGCGAAGAAUCGAACAUUCUUCAGCUGCUUAAGGAAAAAGAACCCGGUAACACCGGUGUUAUCGUUGCUGUUAUUAUGGUGUCGGCAGUGUUUGUGGCCGUUGUUCUGCUGCUAAUAUUCUACUACAAGAGACGAGUUACCAAUUUGAAGACGGAAAUUGCUCAUGUGCAAUACAUUGCUGAUCCGUCCGGAUUUUCGCCAGAUCGAAAUCAUUUUGAUAAUCCCGUAUACACGUAUCAGGCACCGAUCAAAAGAAGCAACGAAGUACUUCUCAACAACGGCAAUAGGAUUAUUAAUAACUUGCACAAACCAGGCAAUGCAAAUUUAGAUCGCGCUAAGAUUUCAAUGGCCGCCUGUUGCUCCACGGAUGACGAAGAAUACGUUCCAAAGGGGGCCUACGGUACCAAUUUAGAAGAAUUGCGAAUGCUUAAAAACAGAGACGCGGAUGCUACCAAUCCCAACAUUUACCACAGCGUGGACCAUGUAUACGACGAAAUUAAGCAAAAGGACAUCAAGGACAUGGAAUUGGAAUAUGAUCAUCUCGACUACACGAGGCCUGUAAGCACUUUGAAGCCACAUUAUCAACGAAUGUCUUCACCUUUCGGCUCAAGAGAUUUGGACAGAGGUUCCAGCAAAUCUAUCAACAAAUCCGAUACCGAUGAUUCUAAAUACAAAUUGAAAGUAAAGGUUAUAAAUUGUAUCAGGUUGCACAAGGUGCAUAAUAGAACUUAGUGGGCAGAAUAAGCUAAAACUUUUAUAAUAGUUAUAUUUUAGAAUUUUUUACCCAAAUUAAAGGCCGGCUCAUGAACGCUGGCGUCGGAAGAUAAUAAAUUGAUUCAAAAACUCAACUAUGUAUUUCCGAAGUGUGUUAUAUUGUAUUGCAUACUCUUACUUAUUGCUUUUAAUCAAAAUUCUUAAGGUUCGUUCAGACGGUGACAUCUAAUUCUGUGACAGCUUUCGAUAUUCGAUGUCAUGGCACUAGGUGUUGACACUCGCCAACACAUAGUGUCGCGACAGACUUGUCAAAACACUCCUGCCGGCAGUAGCGGAUAUGUUAGAAGUAAUUAUUUUGAAAUUGAGGCGGAAAUUUAAAAAACUAAUAUGGAUGAGACAGUGAUUAAGGGAAUUACAAUUAAAAG